AAUUCAUGGGUUUCCUUUUCUUCCCUAUAUGGGUAUGGGGCUCCGCCGGAGCUCCGCUAUUAGGAGUUAUCACGAAUAGCACACUAAGUUUGACUGACCCGGGACUUUGCGCGGCAAAUCGCACUGAUUUUGGCGGGAAAAGUGAUUGCAAAGAAGACGCCGCCACUGGAAAUACUCUUUACUACGCGCUGUUCCUUCUGGGAAUGGUUGUAACAGGCGCCGGUUGCACCCCGAUGAUCGCUUUGGGAGUUCCAUAUAUGGACGAAAACGUCAGCGCCAAGGUGUCACCUAUGUACGUUGGUAUAUUCGUAGCCUGUGGAAUUUUAGGUGCCGUUGUUGGAUUCGUAUGUGUCUCAAGCUUUCUUUCAAUGUUUGUGGAACUUGGUGUCCAGACCUCGUUGACAAUCCGCGAUACACGUUGGGUUGGAAACUGGUGGCUAGGGUUUGCCAUAUUUGGUGCGAUCUGUGUGUUUUGGAGUAUUUGGCUGUUAGGAUUCCCAAAGCACAUUCCUUCGACCAAGAAACAGUGCGAAAUAGAACUAUGUGAAUCUCUAACCACAGCAAAACUGCCCGAUGAAGAAGAAGCAGAAGAAGGAAACGAAACCGCUGGCUACGCCAAGCUCAAAGAUCUUCCCAAGGCAACAAAAGAAUUGUUUUCACACCUUCCAUUUGUCUUCAUUACAUUGGGUGUCUGCUUGGAGCACUUUUACCUCUCAGCGGCAGGUGGAUUCACACCAAAGGUUAUUGAAAAGCAGUAUUACCUGCCAGCUGGGAAAGCAGCUUUUUUGUAUGGCGUGAUAGCGUUGACUUGUGCAUUCUUUGGCAACCUGACUGGUGAGCAAAACGUACAGUAUUUGAAAAUAAUUUUCGUUGAAAGAAGGGCACGAGUGAACCAUUGGCAUGACAGUGCUAGGCUUGCAAGAUCCUACAUGCCUCUAUUUCAUGUUACUGUACUCGCCCCAUCAUUACAAGUGGGUCGAGACGCACGUUACAUUCCGGAUCAACUCUGUCCAACGAGGUCAUGCUGGUGAAGUGUCCUUAACUGGGCUAGACACGGUACAAGUUACUUGGGGCGGAUACAGGAUUUUGUAGAAGGGUGUACGUUCGAGAUUCGGACCGCCGAAGGUGGUCCCCUGUAGGUGGGAAUGGGGCAUCCCACCCCAAAUUUUUUAAAAUUGAGGCCCUCGGAAAUUGGGUUUCAGCAUUCUGAGGUUAGGUUAGCGUGUCAGAAAAUAUUGUAGUUUCAUUCCAUUAAGGAUUGAAUGCAUUUAUCAAUAUCUUUACAAGUUUUGUGAUGUUAGGUGUUUUAAUUUAGAGAGUCUGACCGAAUACCCCCGAGCCC